GAAAAGAGUUUGCAAAACAGCGAAAGAAACGUAAAAAGGACGAGAGUUGGAACUUGUUGCAAGCGCGUCCAGUUGAGAGACAGUUAGACAGGAGAUAGCAGCGAUAGCGCGCGGUACGAGAGAGCGAGCGAGUUUUAGCGUAGAAACAUUUUUCGAAUUUUCUUUAAAAAAAAAAAAAAAAAAACUAAUUGGAGUUUCAAGCAAGUGUUUGCUGAGGCAGCAAGAAAUAAAGAGAGCAACUACAAAAAGCGCGCAUAUCAGAAGAAUUGGUAUACAUAAUUUCGGUUUUAGCUAAAACAAGCAAGAGAAAGCAAAAAGCAACAAAAAAGAGCUAAUUAAUUGACAGAAUUAUUGCGAACAUAACUUGUUCUACAAUUAAAGAGUAAUUAAACUACAACAACUAAAACGCCAACAGCGAUUUCGAAACGGCAGAAAAUCAGGCAGGUUUUUUGCAAAGAAACAACAACAAAAAAGAAAGCAAAAGCUAUAAAGAAAAACUAUUUUGGAAAAACUUUUUUCUAAUUACUUUUUUGUGAUAAUUUUUAAGCUAAAAAAAUAUAAAUACCAACAACAACUCAUUAACACCCAAAAACUAAAAAAAAAAAACAAAUCUACUAAACUAUUGUACUUAAUUUUAAAUUUUUGCGCUAAUUACAAAACAAUUUCCGUAUAUAAGCUUCAAUUUGCACAUUAAAUACUUAAAUUAUAUUUAUACAAAAUAUUUACAAGAAAAACAAAAACAACAACAAAAUUAAUUGGCAUAAACUGCUGCAAGUGUUGCACACACCACUUCCGAUUUAUUGAGAGUAAACAAAAGCAAAAGAAAGCAAAAAAGAAAAGAGAAAACAAACUUUUAGUCCAGUUUUGUGACAGAAGUUUCCAUUAUAUUUAUACUUUGGAGCGAUCACUGUCAAAUUUGUAACAAAAACAGUGGACGCGCAGCUUCCAAAGCGAAAUAUUUUACAAAGCCGCCUAACCUAACCUACAAAGUCAAGGAGAAAACAUAGACAAAAACAACAAAACACCUCAGCGCUUGAAAGUAAAAGACAGCCGAAGAGCAUAAAGCUUAAAAGUGCGGAGCGUGAGCGCUAAAAUAACAACGUACUUCUAUAAAAAUUAAUAUAUUUAAUACCAAAAAGAAGAAGAACACAAAAACUCUUAACUGUCCUGUCUACAAGUACACAAUUAUACAAGCCUAUUGUAUAUUGCAUACGAACGCAUAAAUAAAUUUCUUAUUUGUGUUAAAGUCGUAAAUUAAUGAGCAACAUGCGUCAAAAGGAUUUGCGCCCAGCACCAGCUCUUAUUGAGUUUAAGGGCAUGAAGUUCCUAAUCACCGAUCGGCCAUCAGAUGUCACCAUCCAUCAUUAUAUAACGG